AGGACGAAUUUUCAGUCGUAAACCUUUUUUGUUCAUUUUCUUUUUCUGGUAAGAGAAAACGUAGAUUAGCUGCAACGUUUUUACCUGACCGCAGAAAACGGAACGUAGUAGACGGCGCAGGCAUGAGCGAGCAGAAAUGAAGCUAACACUGGCCAAGUCAUUUGCGCUCUUCACACUCACUUUCGGAAUCACCCUUUCCUUCGUUCUUCUCAAUCACCAAAGCCCGCUUCCGACCAAGCCCGACCCCAUGGCCCGUACCUUCAUAUUGUGGCUGCAUGGGCUCGGCGAUUCGGGCCCCGCCAACGAACCUAUCAAGAACCUCUUCACUUCUCCCGUCUUCGCCAACACCAAGUGGUCCUUCCCUUCCGCCCCAAACAAUCCCGUCACCUGUAAUUAUGGUUCAGUGAUGCCUUCAUGGUUUGACAUUCACGAAUUACCGAUGACAGCUGAUUCUCCACAAGAUGAAGCCGGCGUGCUCAAAGCAGUUCAAAAUGUCCAUGCAAUGAUAGACACGGAGAUAGCAGCAGGCACCAAUCCUAACAAUAUCUUUAUAUGCGGGUUCAGUCAAGGAGGUGCUUUAACGUUGGCAAGCGUUCUGCUUUACCCAAAAACUCUGGGUGGAGGUGCUGUGUUUAGUGGUUGGGUUCCAUUUAACUCUUCAAUUUUACAAAGGGUUUCAGAAGAUGCAAAAAAGACACCUAUCCUGUGGUCCCAUGGCAUAGCUGAUAGAACUGUACUCUUCGAAGCUGGACAAGCUGGUCCUCCAUUUCUCGAAAAAGCUGGCGUAAGCUGUGAAUUCAAGGCCUACCCCGGUCUCGGCCACUCCUUAAACAACGAGGAGUUCCGUAAUCUUGAAUCUUGGAUCAAAUCUCGUGUCCACAGUUCGUCAUGAAGUCACUACUUUUGCCAUCUAAAAGAUCCGUCACACGCCUCGUUCCACUGGUUUGCGCAUGCAUACUUCGAUAUUGCAGGUGAAUUUAUGUGUUUACGAAGAAACAAGAUUGAAUCAUAUUGAAAAGCAAUGAAUGAAAGGAAACACCAGCCUUGUGAAUAAAAAAUUGGUACAUUUAUUGACAUUUCGUAAUGUACCCUUGAACAUAGAGUGGGCUCUUAAAAACUAUACCAAAGUGGAUUAUGAUUGCAAAAUUGCGUCAAUGAAAUCAUAGUUUUCAAGAAUCA